UGACUGACAAUUGAAAAUAAAAACUAAAAACUACGGAGUAAAUAACUAAUUGUUUAAAAAAUUAAGAAAAGUAAAAAGAAAAGACUGCGGGAAGCUUAAAACAGAAGACUUGGAAAAACGUGAAGGUCGAAUUGGAUCUGCGAUUCUGUGCUCGCGGCUCGCCUGGAGAAUUAGAAGACCUGAAACAUGAUUUCUGAAGAUCUAAUAUUGAAGGCUUGAAGCCUGCUAGCCGAAGCUUCAACUCACCUGCUCCCUCAAGGUUAGCCGUCCAGCCGUCUCUAGCUCUCAGCCAUCGUUCUACCUCUUUCUUCUCUUACUCUUCCUAUUCUCUUCCCCAAUUUUUGACAAAGUUGAACACCUCCAAAUCACUGGUCAUUAUGAGAAAGAAAAAUCCUUCAACUUCACUUCAUGAAAACAUUGAAGAAGAAAAAUCAAAGGUUUUUGAAGUUCCUAAAUUAGAAACCACUGUUCCUAAUGAUUAUGUUUUCCCAAAGAUGAAAAUCGGUGUUAAGUCCUCCUUGGAAGGCUUUCAAGACAGGAUGAAGACUGAUUUAAUCAAUGACUUGGAUGUGUUAGAUGAUUUUCGGAAAACCAUAUUUGGAGCAUACUUAGACAUUCAAGAUUAUGUCCAUUCAUCUAGUGUGAUGUGGCAACUUCUAGUUAGAGAGUCUUCCACAAAAAGGGAGAAAGAGAUGUGGUUUGUUGUUAAUGGAUUGCCCAUUAGAUAUUCUUUGUCAGAGUUUGCACUUAUCACAGGGUUGAAGUGUUCAUUUCUCAAUCCAAAUUGGGAUGACGCAAAAGUAGAGGUUGAUGGAGAAAGUUGGGCAUCUUUUGUUGAAACUCACUGGCCAGAGGCAAUUUGUGAAGAAAGUUGUGAUGUGGUAAAUUAUCAUAGUGUAAUAAAUAGGUUCACACAACUUUGUAAGAAUCUCCGCAAAGAAAAAAACGAGAAUGCAAAAAAAAACGUGAUUGCUAUGGCGAAGUUAAUGUUCGUAGUCAUGGUAUUGUAUGCCAAGGAAGAUAGGAAAGCACAAAUUCCAGAGUGGAUGCUUGCAAAGGCUGCAUAUAAAGAAGACUUUGAUGCCUUUCCUUGGGGAACAUGGGCUUUUAUGCAUUCUCUUAAGGUGUUGGAAAAGAACCUUUGUGGGAAGAUGAAACGACUUGACGAAGGUGGCUCGAAAUCUUUCACAUAUGGUGGAUUUGUACUUGCGAUACCGAUUCUUGUGUAUGAGUGCAUUCCAUCUUUUGCUACUAAAUUUGCAAGAAGGAGGUCUCAAAUGAUACCCCCCGUCCCACGCAUUUGUUUAUGGAAGACAAGGUUUAGCAAAACAAAACCAACAAAUGUUGAGGUUAACGAGGCUUUGCUUUCUGUGACCGAAUUACAAAGUAUUCUUGUUCCGGAUGAGGUGGAGACACGGGCAGAAUGGAUGAGCACUUUCCAUAGUUUGAUUAGUACCCGUCAUGAAGCGAUAGAUGAUUAUGUUAAGGUGCUAGAAGAAUGUGUGACCACCGUAAGUCUAAAAAGGGAACAUAAUUAUGAUACAAAGAGGAGCGAGAAGAAAAUUAAGACUUCCUCACCAAAAAAUGUACCCCUUGCGCCACAUCUUGUAAAAGACACUGCCUCAUCUCCAUCAAUUGGUGAAGGACCUCCAGUCCCACAUGUUGGGUGUUGUCUUCAACCAAAAAGCAUGGCCACACCUUCUGGACACUCUCACACUCAUGAUAGUGAGUCAGAAUACCGCAUAAAAGAGUAUAUCGAUAAGAAGAUUGAUUUAUUGAGGGAUGAAUUCAAAAGCAAAAAUGAUGUUAUUAUAAAACUUCUUGAGAAGCUUAUUGCGAGGGGUGACGUGGUAGAGGUAGAGAAGGUUACCUCCAAUAAAAUCAGUGAAAUGUCAUCCAUGAAAAGAGAGAAUGUCGAAAAGGAAAAUACGUUGGAGGAUAAUAUGGUGGCGGAUGACCUCGUGUUGGAUGAACAAGACCAUCUUAGAGAUGAAAAUGUAGCCGGGGAACAAAGUAGCUUAUACCAUGUGCGUGGGGAGGAAGAGGUUGGAAAAGAGGUAUUGGGCCGUGGGCGUAGAAAGAAAGUUGAAUCUAGUUUACUACACACGCCAUGGACUCGGAAUAAUCCAAAAAAAAAGCCAAAACGGGUGAUUUCGUUAUCAACACCAAAAGAAGAAAAGCUAAGGUUUGUGGAGUUGUUAAUACAACAAAGGCUAGAGCAGAAAGUUGGCAUUGAAUGUCACAUGGAAGAAAGGUUUGAGAUUUCUGGCAUAGGGAAAAGAUGGUGGACUCAAUUAAUCACACCUGGUGAAUGGAUAGAGACAACGCAUAUGGGAGAGUAUUUAUAUGUUUUGCGGAGACGAGCAUUUUAUGAAUCUCAUAUAAUGAAGAUGGAUACCUUUGUUUUGAAUGAAUACUUUAGUGCAUGGUGCGAAAGAAGUCAUAUAACAUAUCCUGUCAUUGGUGACCGUCUUGAGAAGUACAUCAAAGGGGAGCUUAAAAUUCCGUUUUUAAAACCUUGGACGAAGGAGAUUCGGUCCGUUUAUUUUCCAUAUAGUAUAGAUUCUGGACAUUGGGUUGCGAUUAGAGCAGAUUUUGAUACAGGGUGUUUGACUGUGUUUGAUUCACUCAAGUCACACUGCACGGACAGUUAUCUUGAUAUUUUGUUGAGUCGUCUUCGAAGGAUAUUUCCUGUUUUAGCAAUGACUUCUGGACUCGACUCACAUACAAUGACUACAAAGCCAAUAUGGGAUGUGUGUAGACCUUGUGUUCCACAACAGACAACUAAUGAUUGUGGUGUUUUUGCAUUAAAGUUUAUUGAACUUGAUAUGCAAGGUGUUGGAUUUGACAGCUUGAAGGGGCUUCAGAGGGAAGAUAUGAAAAGACUUAGGUUACAAAUUGCAUAUCACAUUUGUAAGGAGAUUAAAAACAAACCAUAGUUUGUAUAUUAUAUGUAUUUUAUUUAUUUAGUGAAUGUAUAAUUACGAUUUAUGUCGAGUAGCUUUUAUGUGCUUGAUUAUGUUACUAAGUAUUUCUGAGUAUUUUAUAUGAUUGAAAUUAUCAUGAUGGUUGAAAAUGGG